GUUGCAGGAGAACUUAGGGCUUCUCUGGUGGAGUUUCCUUUGCAACAGGAAGCUGAUUUCCUGCUUUGGUUGUGAUGUCCUGCUAGGGGGGCUAAUCUAAGAUCAGGCCAGACACACACACACACACACACACACACACACACACACACACACACACACACACACACUCAAAUACUAUUAUUUUCAUUUGCAAACUGGCAGUUGACAUGGACUAUGAGCCUAAGAAACUCAAGAAGGGGUUUGUUUUACCAAUUAAGCGUCUGGUCUUCCCAAAGUCAGCACGAAGGCAGGCGGACAGGGGCAGUGCAUAUCGCAGGCCUUUGCACACGGUGCCUUUGUUCCCACCCGACUUUCUUAUCCACCCUGAACGCCUCAUCUAUGACUAUGUGGAGAAGGAAGUGAAGUUUCUAGGUCAUCUGACAUGGGUGUCUUGCUCCCUAAACCCUUCCAGCCGAGAUGAACUACUGCAGCUUCUGGACACUGCCAGGAAGCUGAAGGUCCUGCCUCUUCAUACAACUAUAGAGCAGGACUGCAUUCUCAGUUUAUCAGCACGUUGUCUGCUGCUCACUUGGCGAGACAAUGAGAAACUACUGCUGCGAAUCCCGACGCAUGAGAUAGCUGCUGCCUCCUAUCUGCGGGACGAUGCUCUGCACCUGCUGGUGCUCAAAACAGGUCUGAAUGUGGAUACCAUUAUAGCAGGGGACAGCCUUGAGAAAAGACCUACAGGCCUAGAAGGCCGCAGACAAACCAUGAGCAAUGCUGACCCUCGGCCUGCAGGGGGCACCAUGGAGCGACGCCACACAAUUUGUGGUGUGGACUGGAAGCCUUUGGUUCGCCAUGAGUCAAAGCAGAGUGGAACCAGUGUGGCUGGAGCAGGGUCUGCUGGUGGAGGGGGAGGAGGCAACGGUGGAGGUGGCAGUCUGGAACGGAGGCAGGUCGGGGGCAGUUGGGAACGACGCCAAACCCGCAAGCCGUGUGGAGGAAGCUGGGAGAAGAGACCCAUGAGCGGGAGCUGGGAGAGACGGCUUGUAGGAGGCAGCUGGGAACGCCGUGGUCCUGUGGGCAAAGGUGGGGGAGGUGUGGGGGGCAGUUGGGAGAAAAGACACAGACCUGGAGGGAAAGCAGGAGGCAGCUGGGAAAGAAAGCAUGGCCACGGGGGCAGCUGGGAACGCAGGCAAGCCUUCAUGGGAAGCUGGGAGAGAGGCAAGUCAUAUGGAAGUUGGGAGAGAAGAAGUCACAAUCCCCUGGAACCUACACCAUGCCCUGAUGCUUACUGCAACCUAGUCGUACUGGCUGUGGAGAACAGGGAUGCUGCUGAGGAGUACUGCGCACUCAUCUGUCAGAUGUUUCAAAUCAUCUACGGACACCAGACCAUUGAGUGUGUGGACAGGGCUGGGUAUCACUACACCAUGCCUGACCGCUAUUGGCUACAGAGAAGUGACAGUUGUCUGACAGAUAUGACGUAUAGCUAUGACACAGACUUCAGCUGCUGCAGCUCAUAUGAUGGCGAUCAGUAUGCCUUUGAACCAUACUACAGUGAGAACUACAGUGAGAAUUCAUCUCUUUGCUAUCAGGACUCGCAUCACAGCCUGGCAUCCAUACACAGUGACUCUGAACCCAGUAAUGCAAGCCUGCAGCUAAUGCAAGAGUACAUGAUUACGCUACGCAAUAAGCUGUCUCCUCAGGAGAUUCAGCAGUUUGCUGUGUUGCUGAGGGAGUAUCGUGUGGGUGCUCCCAUAAACCAAUUCUGCUCAGAUCUGCUCCAGCUCUACGGAGACUCCCGCAAGUUCCUCCUGCUCGGUAUGCGUCCCUUCAUCCCUGACCAGGAUGUUGGAACUUUCGAGACAUUCCUGGAGAGCAUCGGCAUUCGAGAGGGUGGGAUUCUGACAGAUAGUUUUGGGAGGAUCAAGCGGAGCAUGAGCAGCACGUCAGCCACGGCUGUCAGAGGCUAUGAGGGAUCGUAUGACUUUAACAGCCGGAUGAGUGACAUCGCACACGAUAUCGAGGCCCUCGGAUUUGAGGAGGGAGAUGGAGACAUUGAGGAAGAGGACUACUACCUUUAAUCACUACCUGAAAUAUAUAUGAGCUUUCAAGUAAAAAUGAACUGGUAAAAAUCCGUUUGCAACAUGACAUUUGUGUAUGUAAAAAUAAUUGUUAUAGGACACAGUAACUUCUAGUCUUUUGAAGGGUCAAAGCAGCAGAAUAACUUUUCCCUCAGCACCUUGAUUUAAAACUUCAGUGUCACAAUUGCAUCCACUGCUGCAAAUCCUAGUUUAUUUUGAAAGAUAUGGUCCACUGAACAAGCCAUAAAGCAUGUAGAUGGUUAUUCUUUUAUGAUAUAUGGGAGGUUUUUAUUCCACAUGUUGGUGAGUUCUUUGUUUUGUUUUUUACUCUUUAGAAGCUCUUAGUGGUUAAAGAACACAUCAUGUGCAAUCUGAAGGAAGUGGAAUGCAUGUAAUGCAAACAAUGAGGGAAAUAUUAUUGCAUGGAGUGAUGACAGCGAUCUGGUGAUCUGUAUCGGGAUGCAGAAUCUGAGUAUAUUUUACAUCUGAGAGUUACAAUAUAUCUCCCUUUACUGUCUUAUACAAUGCUAUAUGUUUUAUUGUCCAUCUGUUUUUAUAAGAGAAUCGCUCGAAAACUGUGUUUGUGUGCGUGUGCGCGUUUUGUUGGCCACUCGCCAUUGAAUGGCCGGACAUCAAUAUGAAUGCAGACUGUACCAUGACUGUACCAAUGACCAUGACUGUAAAACAAUAGCUUGUCUGGCUACCUGGCCAUCAGUAUGAAUGCCAAUUCAAUAUCAAUCGCCAAAAUUGUAUAACAAUAGCCUGAAUGGCCAGUCAUUGAUUUAAAUGUAGUCUUUAUGAAAGGCCACCUGAGUCUAGCAGGUGAUGACAGCGAACAAAAUUAUGCUUUACUUUUUCAUUUAAGAGACUUUAAUGAAAAGUGUUGUAAAUUUUACAUGAAUUGUACAUGAAUCCCUUUUGCAUAUUAAAUAUGUGUACUUUGAACAUGUAUCAGAUACAGGAAA